AUGCCCCGUCCUGGGCUCCGCAGCUGCUGGGGGAGCCGGGUGCUGCCCCUGCUGCUGGCCUACGUCUGCUACCUGCUGCUCGGAGCCACGGUCUUCCAGCUGCUGGAGAAGCAGGCAGAGGCUCAGUCCAGGGACCAGUUUCAGUUUGAGAAGCUGCGCUUCCUGGAGAACUACACCUGCCUGGACCAGCGGGCCCUGGAGCAGUUUGUGCAGGUCAUCUUGGAAGCCUGGGUGAAGGGCGUGAACCCCAAAGGCAACUCCACCAACCCCAGCAACUGGGACUUCGGCAGCAGUUUCUUCUUUGCAGGCACAGUGGUCACCACCAUAGGAUAUGGGAACCUGGCACCCAGCACCGAGGCGGGCCAGGUCUUCUGUGUCUUCUACGCUCUGGUGGGCAUCCCACUCAAUGUGAUUUUCCUCAACCACCUGGGCACAGGGCUGCGUGGCCACCUGACCACACCUGAGAGGUGGGAGGACCAGCCCCGACGCUCCCAGCUGCUGCAGAUCCUGGGCCUGGCCCUGUUCCUGAUGCUGGGGACACUGGUCAUUCUCGUCUUUCCAACCAUGGUCUUCAGCCAUGUGGAGGGCUGGAGCUUCAGUGAGGGUUUCUACUUUGCCUUCAUCACUCUCAGCACCAUCGGCUUUGGGGACUAUGUUGUUGGCACGGACCCCAGCAAGCAUUACAUCUCGGUGUACCGGAGCCUGGCGGCCAUCUGGAUCAUCCUGGGCCUGGCAUGGCUGGCGCUGGUCCUCCCAUUAGGUCCCCUGCUUCUGCACAGGUGCUCCCAGCUCUGGCUGCUCAGCAGGGGCCUCGGCCUCAAGGAAGAGGGAGUCGCUGAGACCAAUGGGCUCUCCAGACCUCAGAAGAUCCCUAUCUCUGCAUGA